AAAUAGUUAAAAUUGUUUAUUUUAAACACAAAAUUAAGCAUAUUGGCAACACGGCGUACAAAUGUCAAAUUUAAAAAUAACCUCAAAAAUUCAAACAAUCAAAUCAUUUUAUUCAAAUGCAUAAAGAUGGAAUUAAGGGGUGUGGUAACUUCUAUAGAUGACAUGUUAUUAAGUUGUACACUAAAUGGUAAAAUAAAUGUUUACAUGGGUUUACUACUGUCCCAAAAACCCAAUACAAAAUUACCAGAGGUAAAUUCAGAGGUAAUAUUAAAAAAAUUUCACUAUUUUCCGAAUCGGAAGAAUAUAAAAUAUGCAAUGUUAUGCCAUUGCUCCAAAAUUGAAGGCAACUUUAAUGUUUCUUAUAGCAAAGAUAAUAAAGUAUUAAAACUAAUAAAUGAACAUAAAUUAGGAGUUACGGAUUUGUUGGAAAUAAGCCGAAAUAUAACAGUGAUAAAAGAGAACUUCCCAGCGUUGUUAGAACAAUAUCAGAGUGAGGUUAUGUUACAUAUAAUCGAGAGUAUUGUUUCAGCAGCAGAAAAUAUUUGUACGCAUGAAAAACCUUGCCUAAACCAAAUUGUCCAUCAAUUCGAUUUAAUAACAAUAAAUAACUGCAAAUAUAUCGAUUUAAAAAGUGAUAAAUAUGAGUUUUUAAGCUGGAAAAAUGGAGUACAUCGUAAACACAAAUCUAGUGAUUAUUUAUUGGGUUAUGUGAGUUUAAACAAGAAAUACGGUUUAUUUCAAAUAAAAGACGCGCAAUAUAGGAUGUUUUUAACCAUCACCAAUAAGGAUAAAGGAAAUUUGGAGGAUAUUAUGAACAGGUUUGUUCUAAUAAAGGAAUAUGUCGUUUUUACGGAGUAUUAUCCGAAUAAUUCGCAAAAUUUUGAUUACAUUUUGGUGGAUUUUAAUGAUAUAACAAUUAUAAAUGUGGAGGAUAAUGAAAAGAAUGAAAUAUUUAAAGAAACCCCUGAAAUUGGUUUAUAUAGAUUUUCCAGAACUUUUAAAGUUAUCAAAAUCAGCACAGUUCAAUAUGAUUCAAGAAGCAACAGAACAAUUUUUUGGCUUCAAAUUUUAUUUAAAAGUGGAGAAAACAACAACUUCAAAGAAUGUAUAUUUUUAUGUAUACCACCAAAUUUUUUACAUUUAUUUCAAUUUUUAAGUGAAAAUGAAUCUUACACAAUACAUUUUAAUGAAACUCUAAAAUCUGUAAAUUUUAAUGAUAUCACAACGAUUGAUAAUAGUAUAAAACAGUAUGAAUUAACUGAUCCAAAUACGAUUUUUGUGAAAAAUGCAUCUGAAAAUGUCGAAAAAAAUCGACUAAUGAACGCUUUCGAAUGCAAAAAUUCAUUGGAAACAUUUACGGAAUUAAUUUCUUUCGAAGGCAUUGUAAGAACUAAAUUUUUUGAGGAUUCAAGGAAUGCAAUAAAAACGUCAAAAAAUCCUGGAUUUGGAACGCCUGGUAAUCAGGUACACAACCUGAAGUUUUUUCUCGACGAUACCAACUUUAAAAACACCAACGAACUAAAGUUAUACUUUCGUGAUUGGGAAAGGCUCCUUACACCCCUUUGCUUGGUACCCUACAUGAGACUAGCCGUACGAAAUGUUUUGCCGAAAAAAACGUAUUUGAAAACCUCAACAUUUACUAAAAUUGACGUUAUUUCUUACGAACCACCUGUACCAUACACAACCGUCAAUUUGCGUUAUCAUGGAGAAUAUAUGCCUUGGGGAGAGCCCUAUUUUUUGGGGGCUGGAGCAGACAUCCCCAAUAAUGUUUUAGUUUGGGGAAGAGUUACCAACAUAUUGUUAAAUAUAGUAAAUAUUACUUACAUCUGUAAAAACUGUAACCAUAUACUUAAAAUGGCUGGGAAUUGUAGAAAUUGUAAAAAUUCUGACAGAAAAUUUAAAGUAUUUUUUAGUUUUCUUGCUUCAGAUAUUGAAGGCCAAAGCAAAAUAAUAUCAAGAUCGACAGAUUUUCUAAAAAUUCUCCUUAACUUUUCCGAUAAACAAUUUGAAAUUUGGCUGAAGGCGUUUGAAGAAAUUGGCGAAUUUGAGUUCAAUCGCUAUGAAGAAAAAGAUUAUUCGAGCUUGGACAAAACAAAAGAAUACUUCUAUGAGGCCCUGAAAGAACACUUUGAAGUUUUGAACAAUUUUGAUUUGAGUUCAUAUGGGUUAUUCUGUCUUAAAAAGAAGAAUGACCCAUAUGCGAAAAUACCUAAACCUAACUGGCUUUGCUUGGAUGUUAAAAUUAUGUGAUAUUUUAAGUAAUUUAUUAUAAUAAUUGUAUGUACUUUUUAUAUGAAAUAAAG